UGAAGAGACCUAUCAAUGCCCACAGUUAGUCGCACGUGCCCACAGCCUCCAAUAGUGAUCAACGAAGGCGGGGCUCGGACUGUUGCAGGACGUACGUGAUCAUGAUUGGGUUGGGAAAGGCGGAUUGACAGGUUUGGAGUUAGAGCAGGUUGGAGGGACUGGGUAGUGGAGUGAGGGUAAACAAACGGAGGUAGGAUCCGCCAAGCAAGAGAUCGUUACAACCUGCCUUUAAAGGAAGAGACAGCAAUAGAAUAAAAGACGCAGAGAGAGGAUAGUAGCAAAGAGAGAAAAAGAUGGCAAGAGAGGAAGGUGAGAAACCGGGAGAGUAACAAAAGGAGAAUGGAAAUACAGCAAUCGAGAGAAGAGAAAGGCAGAUCAACAGAGAGAAAUCGCUACAGAGAGAAACUGUGAUAACUGGAAGUCAGUGAAGUAGCGCUCGAUAAACAUUUUUAAAAAUCAGAUUGAUCUUUGAAUUAAAAACAUAUUUUCAACUGAAAAUCAGAAGCAGAAAAAGCAAAUUUUAUAGUCUUUGCUUUGGAGACUUUGGCGUUUGUGAAGCUGGGACUCUGCCAGCGAGAUGGAGAAAUAUGAGAAGCUGGGUAAAAUCGGGGAAGGCUCCUAUGGGGUAGUGUUCAGGUGCAGGAACAAGGACACAGGUCAGAUUGUGGCCAUCAAGAAGUUUGUGGAGUCGGAAGACGAUCCUUUGAUAAGGAAGAUUGCUUUGAGAGAGAUCCGAAUGCUAAAGCAACUCAAGCACGUGAACCUGGUUAACUUGUUGGAGGUAUUCAGACGGAAGCGCAAACUACAUCUGGUCUUCGAGUAUUGUGACCACACUGUACUGAAUGAGUUGGACAAGUACCCCAGGGGAGUUGCAGAAGAUCAAGUGAAGAGAAUCAUAAGGCAGACACUGCAGGCUGUCAACUUCUGUCAUAAGCACAAUUGCAUCCACAGAGACGUGAAACCAGAGAACAUCCUCAUCACCAAGCACGGAGUCAUCAAACUCUGCGAUUUUGGCUUUGCAAGAAUCUUGACCGGUCCAGGGGAUGACUACACUGAUUAUGUGGCAACUCGCUGGUACCGUGCCCCAGAACUUCUGGUUGGAGAUACGCAAUAUGGACCCCCAGUGGAUGUCUGGGCAAUAGGCUGUGUUUUUGCUGAGCUCACCUCGGGCAAUCCUCUAUGGCCUGGACGGUCAGAUGUCGAUCAGCUCUAUCUAAUCAGGAGGACACUGGGGGAUCUCAUCCCUCGGCACCAAAAGGUGUUUAGUUCCAACCAGUUCUUCAGUGGAGUCAGUAUUCCAGUUCCUGACAUCAUGGAACCGUUGGAGGUGAAGUUUCCACACAUAUCUGCUCAGGCCCUUCACUUAAUGAAGGGCUGUUUGAUGAUGGAUCCCUCAGAGAGGCUAACAUGUGAGCAGUUGCUGCAGCACCCACACUUUGAAAGCUGCCGGGAGGAGAUGGAGAGCAACAAAGAUGCUGAGAAGCUCAACAGGAAGCAUGACAAGAUGCUACGCAGGCGCCCACCUGGGCUCCAGUACCUGCCUCAACUAACGAGCAGCAACAUCUCACCAGCACCUGAGCCCAAGAAGUAUCACCGGCACAAGAAUGACCAUCACUUGCCCAACAUCUGACUAUAUGGCAGCAAAAGCCAGCGAACCCAGCCAAACACCCACCUGCACUUCCACAACUUCCCCAACAAGUGGAACCCCUGACGGAAUACUUCCAAACCCACACUGCAUUUACAGGGACCGGGCCAUUCAAUAGAUAGGGGUUUAAGGAGGGGUUUUGGGCUGGACAGGGACUUGUGUUCUUAAUUUGGCACCAUAUUUGUGCAGGGGGUCCAGCCCCCACAUGAAUGCCAGUUCUAUCAAGUAAUGCGACAGGCCCAUGCUAAUAUUGCAAUGUUUGGUGGAGACUGUCCAGUAAAUAAUAAUACCCAUCAGCCAGGUUCUCUUAAAUAUAUGAAGAUACCUGAGAUAUGCAGUCAUUUGUACAUUAUGCUGGUUUGCAAAUUAUUUUUAUUGGCCAGUAAAUCCACAGUGGUAGUUUUCUAGUCGAUUGAGGAGUUGACACUUCAGAAACACAUGCCACCUAUUGGCCAGAACCUACCAUUACAGUGACUGUUCCCACAGCAAAAUUGAACAAGAAAUAUUGACAUAGCAAUUCACAUUGGGAAAUGUUGGCUGAAAAUUGUGACCAAAAAUCAUAACAGAAGGAAGUAAGCUUUUACGGACAAUAAGUGCCUUACAUUCUUACAUCCUCUGUAUGAUUUUAAGACAACCAAAACAAUAGUUGUCUCCAGAAUAAUGUCAUUAAUGUAUGCACAUAAUCUGUGAGUACAUGCCAUGGGAGGGGUCACCUUUCUCUCUUGUCUGAAGCCUGAGCAUCUAUUCAACUUCCAGAAUAUCCCAGGUACAUUCUGUCUCUGCUGGGUUUGCAUGGAUGACAGAUGUGGUUUCAACUCCUUCAUUGCAGGAUUUGAAUUGAAACCUAUUUCUCCAACCAGAAUUUAAAUCUGGAUAAUAUCCUAUUAUAUGGCUGUUUAUUUCUACAAGUGACAGCUAUAAUGAUUUGAAAUGUACAGUAGUUAUUCAUUCUAUUCACACACAUCAUUUUUGUCCAAUAUUAGACAUUGUGUCUCAUUUGAACACUGAAGAGAUCAAUGAGAUGAAACUAACCUAAUUUCCUAAAGUGGGGACCUCAAGUGGUUAGGAAUUAAUGCAAAAUCCUUCGCAGCUGGAGAAGUGAUAUUGACGUGUGGGACAGGGAAGAUGUUGAUGGCAAAUCAUUGAUCUUUGGGACAGCAAAUAAGGAUUACAUUUCCCUUGCAACUGCUGGCUUUCAAGCACAGUGCUUUGAAGAAGCAUAUUUUCUUACUGAGACUGUUUGUUUAUAUGGAAGCAGAGUGUAGCUUCAUUUGGCAACUGGCACAAUUCCUUAGGCCUGCUGCCAAGCAACAGACCAAUAAAACAAUAAAGAGGCAGUUAGAUCUAGAUGGUUACAAAACAGGACAAGGUUGGGUUAAGACCCUUCAAUCUUGACUUCCCCAUUAAAUAAGAACCUAAACCUAAACUCAUCUCCACCAUCAUUCAACUGUUGAGUGACUCCUGGGCCACUGAUCCAACAAGGACAAAGAAAAUUGUGGGAUAGAUUAGACAUUAAAUGAAUGUCAUUGGUUCUACUGGCUUAGAUUAUUUGUUGUGUUCAAAAUGACUGAGGGUUACUCUGGAGCUUGAGCUUCAUUGUAGCUCCUGGUUUAUUUAAUAAUGUAUUCCACUGAGAUUGGAAUUAUGCAUAUAAAAGAAACAGCCUUUGUCCAGGGCAAGGUUCCACACUUCAUUCCUGUUAGUGAGUGGGAAGAUGGACCCUCACUCCUCAUCUAGUACAACUGUUUGAUUUGCUUGCCACAAGUGAGAGAUCAUGCUGUGUGUAAAUGUAUGCCAUGUUUCCUAUAUUAUGAUAGAGACUACAUUUUAAAAGUACUUAUUUGAUUGUUAAGCACUUUAGGGCAUUGAGGUUUUGAAAAGGAAUGUAUAAAUACAGUUUAUAAAACACUUUAUCUUACAA